ACGCUCAGAUUCGUGGACAGAGAGGAUGAGAUGGAUUUUCUUUGUGAGGAAUUUGCGCCUCCCAGAGCAGAGAUGUCCUGCGGUCACGCGGUCACUCCCAUGUCUCUCACCAACUGGUGCCGCAGGUUGUUGGAAGAGGGUAAAAGUAAGUUUGUUUGUGGUCAGCCCAACUGUAAUAAGGAGUGGCCGUAUGUGGAAGUUCGUAAAAUGGCUCUACUGACCCCGAAGGAAAGAGAAUACUUUGAAAGCACAAUGGCUAAAAAUGCAGCCAGAGAAUAUUUCAACUCCAAAACAUGUCCUGGAUGUCAAUUCUUAGUGACGAGGAAAGAUGAGUCCAACCUGAGUGUGCGUUGCCAGAUUUGCACAGUAAAGAAAAGACGGCCCUACGACUUCUGCUGGCAGUGUCUGAAAGAGUGGAGGGGUCAGCCAAACGGAAACCACUGUGAUAAUGACGGCUGCAUCAACGAGGCUCUGAAAACUCUGAGGACCUGCCCAGAAAUCGUCUUUGAAUCAAUUAAAAACGUCCGGGGGUGUCCUUCCAUCAGAGCCUGUCCCACCUGUGGAUCUCUGCUGGAACACACCUCGAAAUACUGUAAGAGCAUUGUGUGUCCUCGAUGCAAGGUCAAGUUUUGCUUUGUGUGUCUAAAAAUCAUGACUGAAUGCACAAAAACAAGCGGUCCGUAUCAACCCUGCUCUAGCCGAGUCGCCCCCAGACAGACCUCCAUUCCUGUGUGGCAUCGGUGAAGAAAUCUAGACUUUUUCCGUUUGCCUUUUUUUAAGAUUACAAUAAAAGGGAACUUUAAUAACAGCUGUUGUGUUGAGAUAUUGUUUUGGUACUAGGCGACACCAGGUGAAGCAGUGAGUGAGAGACAGGAACCGUAAGAAAAAGAAAAGAAGUGUGGUGCAGAAAAAGCAUGUUGCAGCAUGUUCAUGUUGGAAAUAAAGUUCAGUAAAAAUACA